AUGGAAUCCAGAAAAGAGCCUCCCCUUCAGGGCACCUUUAAGUGUGAGCUCUGUGGAUUACACGUCCCGUACAGCUACUAUGGGCAGAAACCUCCAAAUACCUACUCUGUUACCCUCCUGGAGGACAGCUACGUCAUGAGAGAUCCAUUCACCUCUGACAAGGACAAAUUCCUUAUCCUUGGAUCGGAGUGCAGUUUGUGUAGAAAGCGUGUGUGUGUUGGCACGGACUGUAGUCUUUUCUACACAAAACGAUUCUGCCUCCCAUGUAUUAACUCACACUUAGAGGAGUUUCCUUUGGAAAUAAAGCAAGAUCUGGAGAAAAGAACUCAUUCCAAACCCCAAUCUUCACGGAAAGGAGAUUCCAAGGCUGCGAAGAAAAAGUAG